AUGACCCACUUAAACUUCAUCACCCUAGAUGUCUUCACAUCAACCCCCUACAGCGGCAACCCACUAGCAGUAGUCUUCCUCCCAGAGGACCCAGCCCACGCUCUAACCCAACGCCAAAAGCAAACCCUGGCACAAGAAUUCAACCUCUCAGAAAGCAUUUUCGUACACCCAGUGACAGAAGCCACAAAACGUACCAUCGACAUCUUCACCACAGAUUGCGAAAUCCCCUUCGCAGGCCACCCCACCAUCGGCGCCGCAUCCUGGUUCCUAACCCACUCAGCCAACCCAGCCGACGGCCCUGGCAUCACGACAUUGGCCACUAAAUCUGGCGAUAUCCCCAUCACCAUUCAAGACGCCGCGAGCAAGUACGUCGCCGCGCAGAUUGCGCAUAACACGCGCAUCCACGGCGCGCGGUUCGGCGUUAAGGAGUUAUUGCGGUUGCAUCCGACUCUGGCGCCUUUCUUCCCCAAGGAGGAUGUGACGUUCCCUUUGUUUUCUGUUGUCAAGGGGAUGAGUCAGUUGUUUAUUGAGUUGGGGUCUUUGGAGGCUUUGGCUGCUGUUACGCCUGCUACGGGUGGUGAAUUUGUUUCUAGCGAGUAUCUUGAUGAGGGGUGGAGGGCUGGGUUGGUUUGUGUUUAUUUCAUUGUUAGGGGCGUUUGGGAUGAUGUUUUGGGGAGGGAGGUUAUUCGGGCUAGGAUGAUGCUGGGCACUUUGGAGGAUCCUGCUACUGGUAGUUCGGCUAGUGGGUUGGCUGCUUAUUUGAGUCUUACGGAGGGACGGGCUGGGCAGGAUUUGGAUUAUCAUGUUGUGCAGGGUGUUGAGAUGGGGCGGAGGAGUGAUAUCGGUGUUGGGGUUUCUCUUGAUGGUGAGAAGAAGAUUGAGAAGGUCGUUUUGACUGGGACUGCUGUUUGUGUUUCUGAGGGUAAGGUGUUGAUCCCUCAGGCUUGA